UAACCAUUUCCGGAAAAUCAUUACAGCCUUCCUACAAGAAAGAAAAUGGAAUCCUGAGCUCGCUUGCUGCUAAACCAGUCUGUUUUCAUCGUAUAUUCUCGAAAUAGGAAUCGUGUCGCCCCGCAGUAUAACUAACAACAUCACUACCAAGUAACUGGAUCUUGCCCAAAGUUGCAGAGUAUCCCAUUCAUUGUUCUACCCUUCAGAGUCAAUGGAGGGGUCUGACAGCGUGGAGCAAGGCAGCGGUGACCAGUCAGAGUCGCAGCGCAGAACGCAGUUGGAUCGUCUGGACAGAGAAGAGGCCUUUUAUCAGUUCGUCAACAAUCUCAGUGAAGAGGAUUAUCGCCUUAUGAGAGACAACAAUCUCCUGGGAAAUCCAGGUGAGGUAACUGAGGAUGAACUCUUCAAUAGACUUCAGCAAAUCAAAGAUGGUCCAGAGCAGCCGAUUAACAACACCCCUAGCCCUGAAAAUAGUGAAGAUCCCGUUGAAACUCCAGAGAGCUCUGAGGAUCCCCAAGGUGGGGACAGCCUGCUAGACUGGCUCAAUACAGUGAGGCGGACCGGCAACACGACUAGAACAGGACACCGUGGAAACCAGUCAUGGCGGGCUGUGAGCCAGACUAAUCCCAACUCUGGUGAUUUUCGCUUUAGCCUUGAGAUAAGUGUUAACCGCAACCUGGCCGAACAACAGGCAGCCGCUGAGGGAGAGCAGGGGCCUUCAGAGCAGUCCCCAGUGGUCCAAGAAGAAGACGCUGCAGAACCUGAGCCGCUGGUUCCUAUGGAGACGGAGACGGUCGAAGAACCAGUUGUAGAAGAAAUGGCUGUCGUCGUUCAACCAGAACCGGAACCAGAGCCAGAAGAAACGGCUGUUGAGGAGGUUGCUUCCCAAGAAGCUGUAGAAGAACCUCCCAGUCCAGCUCCCCCUCCAGCUCCAGUUGCAGCUGCACCCUCACCAGAGCCCUCACCGGAGCAACCCCCACCCUGUUCUUCACCAAGGAGGGGACAAAGGAGGCCCCGCAGCUGUAGCCCAGAACCACGCAGGACAAGAGCUCGUUUAGCCAGAAGCCGGUCACCCCUCCGUUUGGAUCAGCUUGAUGGUCUACUUGGUCCACGACACACCUACGGUCCUCAAAGCCCCAGUUCUUCCACCGACACACCUCCAGCUCCUCAAGUGGAGGGCAGUUCUCGGACUCGUCAACACAUUCUCUCUAGGCCGAACCCAGCAGAUGACAGCGCUCCACCACCCAGCGUUGAAGCAGAAUCGGCCCCUGAGGCCCAGGAGGUCCGGCCUCAGGAAGCAGAGUCUACCGGGAACGAAGGGGGCUCAGCGGAGCGACGUCCCCCUACUAUCAUGCUCGAUCUACAGGUGCGGCGUGUGCGUCCGGGUGAAUAUCGGCAAAGAGACAGCAUCGCCAGCCGUACCCGAUCACGCUCGCAGAACUCCAACAACACAUUUCUCUACGAGAGUGAUCGAGGAGGUUUCCGUAGGACCUUCUCACGCUCAGAGCGUGCUGGAGUGAGGACCUACGUCAGCACCAUCCGAAUUCCCAUUCGCAGGAUUUCAGACGCAGGGUUAGGAGAGGCUACAUCGAUGGCUCUUCAAUCUAUGAUAAGGCAGAUUAUGACAGGCUUUGGAGAGCUAGGCUACCUCAUGGACUCCGACUCAGAUUCUUCAGAUUCAAACCGCGGUACCGGGACAGCCGCGGACACGGACAGCCUCAACAAUUCAGAUGCUAGUAAUGCUGAGGCGUCCGCCGCUGAUGAGCAACCUGCUGCAGCUGCUGCUGCUGCCGGAGCCAGAGAAAGGACAGUUGAGGCGGACGUAGAUGAGGGUCUCACCACCGGCCCACAGGGUUCUGCUGGUAGGGCUCGACCCAGACCCCCCAUCAGCCUGGAGGAGCCCAGCUCUCUUCCCUUCCUCCGACUCGCUCACUUCUUCCUCCUGAACGACGACGACGAUGACCAGCCUCAGGGGCUGACUAAAGAACAGAUCGACAACCUCUCUAUGCGCAACUUCGGCGAAAGCGACGCCUUGAAGACCUGUAGCGUCUGUAUAACGGAAUACGCCGAGGGGAACAAGUUACGCAAGCUUCCCUGCUCCCACGAGUACCACGUGCACUGCAUAGACCGCUGGCUCUCUGAGAACUCCACCUGCCCCAUUUGUCGCAGGGCUGUUCUGGUAUCAGCCAACCGGGAGAGCGUGAUCUAACUCUUAACAAACUCCAACCUUUUCAAUAUCUCAACUAAUUACACAUCCAAGUCAUGUACGACGCUUUGAAGAAAUGUCUCCACCGUUGAAAUAUAUUGUUUUCUCGUUUUCUGAGUUGAUGUUUCAUUUGAGGUGCUCAGUCUCUUGACAUGCAUUCAGACUCUACUUUUGACAUUUGCUAUUGGCUUCCGGAGCUGAGCAAAAGCAGUGCAUGCUGUUUAUCAACCUGUAGUGUCCACGAAGUGUCGCCUUGCACCAAGCCCCAUGUAAACAAGCAGACCUGUAAUCUUGUAUGAUAUCCUUUGAUUAUAAAUGCCGUCGCACACCUGCAGGUAGUUCAAACACUUCAGAUAUCUCCCUUUUGGUAUGAAUACUAUAUAGCACCUCAAGCACAAUUCUUAGUUGCAGCAGUUUAAAAGUAUUAGCUGUAAAUAAGCUUGUAAAGAAAAACAUUUUUGAUUCUUUGUAUCAGUGAAUUGGUUUAGGAUUGUAAAUUAUCUCAUGGGAAUCUGAGUCAUUUCAAGUUACAGUUACUUCAAGCUGAUUUAGGAUGAUGGGGGGGUGUGAGUAUGAGCUUGCAUAGUAAACUUAUGUAUACAUUUGUUGGGUUUGCAGGUAAGGGUUUAACUUGAGCUCAUUUCUGUUCGUACAACCAAAACGAUGCCCUGUUCUGGAGUUACAUUUGCCAAUUGUUUUUUUUUUUAUUAUAUAUAAAGCAUUUUAAUUUCUACAUGAUUUCCUGUUAAAAAAAGUACUGGAAAAGAAAAUCUUCCAGCAUGGAUUCAGAUAGAUUUCUCCCCUUUGCUAUUUUGUCUUACAUAACCCAAUAUUUUUGCUCUUACCUUUGCAAAUCGCAUGUUUUUCCAAUCAACUGAACUAUAGAGAAUUUUUGAAUUUUAGGUUUUCAUAUUUUAAAGAAACUCAUUCUUAGCCCCCUUUGAUAACUAGUUUAAUUAAAUUAAUCCUUACAAGAUAUGAAGAAAUAUGGCCAGUUUAAUAGGAUAUUAAGAGGCAAAAUGUUGGGAUGAAACAUAGCUGAUGUAAAAGGGCAGGAUGAUGGUAACAUCCACCAUCGUCAUCGACCACAAUUUAUCAUUUAAACUUGGAUUUAAAGUUUCUCCUCCUCCACUAAUCAAUUAUUCCCUUACUCUCACUAGCAGUUGCUAGCUAUUUCCUUGUGUUUUUCUUGUACUGGGUUAGUAAUACAGUUAGACUGGUUUAAAAUUGGAACCAUUUAAACCUUUGCUGAAACCAGAGUUAAUCUCUAAAACAUAGCUCACUUCUUUCUGCAAGUUGUUGAAUGAUAUUUAUUAAUGAAUGGCUCAGACUCUCAGACAUCGACAGAAAAUUAAAAGUUAAUUCAACUGUUUCUUGAGCAAAUCCUACCAUGUGGUGUGCAAUAUUUGCAAAAAUGUAUAAGGAUAGUAAAACAGACCAAGAUUUAAAUGUACAAUUGUUAAACUGUUUAAAUCCUAAAUGAAGACGUAUAACCCUUUACAGUUUGUGCUGAAGUUGAUUUUUAUUUAGACGUUCUGUAGGUUUUAAUAACUGUUAAUAAACAGGAACGUGGGUAAAGGA